AUGUCGAACACCGAGGAGGUCUUCGUUGGUAGCAUAGACCAAGGCACAACGAGCUCAAGAUUCUUGAUUUUCAACAAGGAGGGCGAGCCGGUGGCGGUGCACCAAGAAGAGUUCACACAGAUCUACCCAAACCCUGGCUGGCAUGAGCAUGAUCCAGAGGAGAUCGUCAGAUCCGUUGAGAACUGCAUAGAAGGCGCCAUCAAGAUCUUCGAGAAGGACGGCCACUCCAAAAGCAGUAUCAAGGCCAUUGGUAUUACCAACCAAAGAGAGACCACAGUCGUCUGGGAUGUGACCACUGGCCAGGCUCUUCACAAUGCAAUCGUCUGGACAGAUACACGAACAGCUGCCAUUGCUCGCGACCUCAAAGCCCAACCGAAGAGUGAUCAAGUACUGAACAUCUGCGGGGAGCCAAUCUCCUCCUAUCCUUCGUCGACGAAGCUCCUAUGGCUGCUCAAGAACGUGGAGAAAGUCCGUCAGGUCUAUGAGGCUGGAAAUCUUGCUUUUGGUACCAUUGAUACAUGGUUGGCCUACAAGCUCAACGGCGGCUCGGACAAGAACGUCUUCGUGUCAGACCCAACAAAUGCCAGCAGAACAAUGUUCAUGGAUAUUCGGACUCUGAAGUACAGCGAUGCAAUGCUCGACUUCCUAUCCUACGAGUUCGAUCUUCGAAAAGUGCACAUGCCCAAGAUUGUAAAGUCUGCAGACACGAAAGCGUACGGCGAGCUCUCAUCUGGUCCCCUGAAAGGCUUCCCUAUCAUGGGAUGCUUGGGCGACCAGUCUGCUGCACUAGUCGGACAGAAAGGUUUUGAGGCUGGUAGUGCCAAGAACACGUACGGUACUGGCUGCUUCUUGCUAUAUAACACUGGCGAGAAGCCUGUCAUCUCUACUCACGGUCUGCUCACCACGGUUGCUUUCGAUUUCGGUGAAAAGCCCGUCUAUGCCUUGGAAGGUAGCAUAGCUGUGGCAGGAUCUGGUGUCAAGUUUUUGAUGAACAAUCUUGGUUUCAGCCAUGCAUCGCACAAAAUUACCGAGCUCGCAGAGACGGUACCGGACAAUGGCGGCUUGGUAUUCGUUACUGCAUUUAGUGGCCUCUUCGCGCCGUACUGGAUCGACGAUGCCCAUGGCACGAUGUUUGGCAUAACACACCACACAGAACGUGGCCACAUUGCGCGAGCUACGCUAGAAGCAGUCUGCUUCCAAACAAAAGCGAUCCUAGACGCCAUGGAAAAGGACAGUGGCCACAAGCUCACCGAGCUCGCAGUCGACGGUGGCAUGUCUAAUUCCGGCCUCUGUAUGCAGACCCAAGCAGACCUCGUUGGCAUCCCGAUCGUACGACCAAAAAUGCGUGAGACUACUGCUCUAGGUGCAGCCAUUGCCGCGGGCUUCGCAAGUGGCGUAUGGAAGAACUUCGAGGAGCUGAAGAAUGUCAACACCGCUGGCCAGACACAGUUCGAUAGCAAGAUCGAUGUCAAGGCACGGAACAAGAUGUUCAGGAAGUGGGAGAAGGCGGUGCAGAUGUGUCGGGGAUGGCUUGCGGAGGAGGCGGAGGAGGAGGGCGAUGAGGCUGCUGCUAAGGAUAUAAGGCAGGGUAUUGAGAAGGAUAAGCAUGAGAAUCUGGAGAAGGUUGACUCGGUCAUGACAUCAGCGUGA